ACGAACUCAGAGACUCAGAGUCAGUGUGUCGUGAGCUCUGAAGCAGUGAGGUGUGUUUAAAGUCGCUGUUCUGAUCAAAAACCAACAUGUGCGUGACUCAUAGGAAGAGGACCUUCGGUUAUCACUGGUGAUAAAAAUUUCGGAAACAACUGACAGUGAUGACUCCUCAUGCAGCUGCUAGUCCAUACAGGAUGACAACUUCCUAUUGGAAAUGUAACAAUAUUACCCUACAACUUCUGGAAGAACCCUAUUGAGUAAAAUCCUUAGUGUAACAGAGAACGUCUAUCUACCUUCUUAUUUCUUCAUUAUUCAAGUUAAGAUUCAGGGAAGUCUCUGGUGAUUUUUUCUCCAUUAUUCAUGAGUCAGCCAGCCCAUUUGGAAAGCAUAAACAGAGCGUUCAAGUUCAGACAUUCAUAACAAGGAUUUGUACAACAGAAUGCAGGAUGUUGGGGUGGUGGUUGUGGUGUUUAGUGGCGGUGGCUUGGCUGGGGGUGCUGGGGGCAGACGCGGAGGCGGGAGCGGAGGCGGUAGAGUGGCAGUGUCCUAUGGUGGAGGCGGCAGCAUGCAGCUGCGACCUGCCCCACACACUGCGCUGUGCCGGUGACCGCCCCUCGCUGGACCUCGUCGCCUCCCGCCUCCGCCAGCUCUCGGCAGCCGCCUCCGUCUCACUGCUCGACUGCACCGUCCAAAACCUCACGCAGCUCGCCGGGCCCUUCUUGCAGGGUGUAAUGCUGCAUGGUCUUGUCAUAUCCUCUGGAGAGUUGAGACAAGUGAAGAGUGAUGUAUUCACGGGGCUGGCAACACCACUCCAAGCUCUUGGCUUGCCUAACAACCUGCUCGAUGCAAUUCCUUCGGGGGCUCUCUCAGCUCUCAAGUCACUAGACAGAUUGGAUCUGUCUCACAACAAAAUUGUGAGGAUUGAGAAUAGUUCAUUUGAGGGUAUGUCCAGCAUCACAUUCCUGGACAUGAGCGACAACGUCCUGAAGUAUGUGUCGCCGGACGCAUUCGUGCAACUUCCGCUGCUGAGGAUCCUGAGACUGCAGGGCAACCGGCUGGGCGUCGGGGUGAUAUCGGCCCUGCAAGGGUUUCGAGCCCUUGAGGAGUUGGACCUGAGCGGCAACUCGCUAGCGGGCCCACUAGGUCCCACCACUCUCCCGCGUCUACCUAGCCUCCACGUGCUCUCCCUGGCGCACAACCAACUGAGCAGUGUCUCGAAAGGCGCCCUGGCAGGGCUCGAUCAGCUACGCUCCCUCUCCCUCCACCACAACCAGAUCGACGUGCUCGAGGACCAUGCCUUCCGAGCCGUUGGCACUCUCACCCAACUCGACCUCUCCCACAAUCGGAUGGUGGCUGUUUCGGGUGCCUCCCUCGCCCAUCUCACCCGCCUCGCUAAACUGGAUGUGGCGCAUAACUUUCUGCGAGCGCUUACUUCUGAUCUCAUCCUGCCACUCAAGAGUCUGCAGGAGUUGAAGUUGGAUGACAACGAUAUAUCCAUGGUGGCGUCUGACGCUCUACUGUCGAGUCCUAAACUAAACAGGCUCACACUGUCUGAUAAUCCACUAAACUGCGACUGCAGCUUAUCACAGUUCGCACACUGGCUGGGCAACGUGAGCUCUCUGCCCGCAGCUGACAAGGCCACAGCCGUGUGCGCCACACCGCCGCAGCUGGAGAACGGGCUCGUACAAGAGCUGACGGCCACCGAUCUAGUCUGCGGGGACCUGGGUGACCCCGUCCCGUCUCCCGCUGAGGGACCUCUCGCCACACCCAUGCCAGUCUCGGGCACUAGGGUUGUGCUCAGAGCGUUCCAAUAUGACGGCAUCAAAGUGAGUCUCCUCUGGAGUGUCGAUGCCAACUCGGCCACCUACUCUUGUGAUGCGUUGUUUAUCUAUGAGGAACUCGGUGUAAAUGAGAUACUACUUGAGUCGAACCCUCUGCAGUGUGACUCUACUCAGUUGGUGGAUCCUAGAAGUUUGUCGUUGGCCCUCCCUGCCACCGACCUGCAGCCUGGACACAGGUACCGCUACUGUGUGGUUCUACUUGAGGGGAAGGGCGGACGUGAUGAUUCAGCGCUAGUGCUCGGUUGCAGCGAGGUGAUCCCACUAGUCCCAACUUCCAAAUCCCGCGCCCAACCCAUCCCAGGGCGCACGCACAUUGCCAACGUUGACGCCAACCUCACCGCAUUGGGAACUAUGGCGAUUGCAAUACAACUCUGGAGUGACCAAACGGAGCCACACUGCAUCCUCACGUUGAGCAUAUUUGUUGAAGGCAACUUAGUCGCUCAGCGACACGUCAACUGCUCGAUACCUUGGGCAGUGGUGCAUGGCCUCCCCAAAGGCCCCUACCAGGUGUGCGCCACAUUGGGUGACUUCCCACCCACCGAACCAAAGACCAAGUGUGUCACUGUGCGCCAAGCAAGCACCGAGCCUCACCACACUCUACUCAACCGAGUGCUCAUCGUCAGCCUGUUCAUCCUCAGCGGCCUGCUGCUAAUUGCUGUCUAUCACACCAUCAGAAAGAUCCUCAAAAGACCGAAAGAAAUAAGGACUCAUCAAUGCUUUCUCCCCGUUACACAACCGGAAGAACAGCAUUCAAGAUAUGUCAAACUUCAAGCGACUACUAAACUGUAGAAUAUUGUUGUAACUUUGUUUAUUUUGUAAAUAGUCCAUCAACUACUUGUGAAUAUGUAAAUAUUGACCCAAAAAUUAACUUCUAUUCGCCAAUAUUGACAAGAACAGUCUAUCUACAUCACCUUAAUAUUCUAACCUUAGGCCUAAUACUGUGCGAAAGGAAGUAGAUAUUAGACCUAUCCUUGAAUUUGUCCACUUUUAAUAGUGUGUGGAGUUAAACCUAUAUUAGAAAAUUUGUGUGUUGAUUUCUGAAUGAAAGAAUAACCUCCGUUAGAUUAUGAAAGCACAUUUGCAUGUAUAUUGGUACAUGAAUAUUUUUUGUCAUGAAUAAUAAUAUCAAUAGUUUUUCAAUGAUUGGCUCAUUCCAUAAUAUGUAGAUAGACAUUGCUGUUAUAUUCAAUGUGAUUAGUUUCUCCACCCUCUAAUAUCUGUACUGGAAAAAUCAUCUUCAUAAAAUAUUCCACAACUUCGAAAAUCUAAAGUCCUUAGUGGACUUUCGAUAGGUACCAUUAUUGUUAUAACUAGUCAUCUUGACGAUCACUUUCAAAAUAUUGAGUGUAAGUGAUAUAAUGAAAUCAUGAAUAUUCAUAUUCAUAAAAGUGAAUUCAAUAGGCUAUUGUAUCGUCAAUUAUGCUUCAUUUUAUACAUGAAAUAGUGUAGAUUCUCUUGAACAUAUUUUGUGAAACAACCAAUCAACUUCUUAUUCACGUAGAGUAUCAUUUCACUCCACUAGAAUAAAAAGUGAAUUAGCUCCCACUACAUCUAACUCUUCCAUAUAUAAAUCCAUGUUCAUGCAGACUUCGGUAACGUAGUGAAUCAGUAGCAAUUGGAAAAAAAGUCAAUCGGAUGAAAAAUUUAGUUUUUGUUUCUCAUCGACAAGAUUUUUUCUUACUAUUAGGUAGGCCUAAUAUAAUAUGCAUAAAAUGCUACAAUAAGUGUGUGUUAUUAUUCGUAUCAAUUAAUUAUGGAAGAGACAGGCAGACGUUAUUCAGUAGAUAGGUUGAGUCUCAUAUUGUUUUGUGUUUUUUUAUUAUCUCACUGUUGAAAAUUUAUAGAUCCAGAGUUGUAUUCAAUAACUGAAAUUUACAAUAUGAAUUGAGGAAUGAGAUAAUAAAUGAUGUCCCAACUUUUAAAAUUAUGUAUGAGGGUUGACUAGUCAACUUCUUCUUGUUUAGAACCUACUAAACCUAAUUUUCUAUGUUUUAUUACUUUCUUCUCCUCAAUAGAGGAGAACUACUUUUACUACUUACUUUUUCUGGAGGACCUAGUACUUAAUAGCCUACUGUAUAUUAAUAAAAUUAUUUAUUAGAAAAUAAUGAAUAUCUAUCGUUCUUUGUUAAUAUGUGCAGUGUUUUUGUGCUUUUUCAGUGUAAAUAAUUGUUAUUAAUAAUGUGUGCAUUCAUAGUCAUUUUUUAUGUUGAGUUUCAAUUGAACAUUGUAUAGAUUUGAAGUUUGUAUUUUUACAUGAAUAAAUCAACUAAUUCAA